AUGGCCGACCCGCUCGCCGUCUACGGCCGACUCUGGGCCCUCUCCAACCUCGCGCUGCACGUCACCUUUCACGGCGGCUCCCUGGCCGGGCUCUUGCAGUCGGGCUGGGCGCAGCGGGCCUUUACCGUCCUUGCAGCAGCCUCUGCUGUCGCGCCAAGCAACGGACGCCUCCUCGUCGCCGCUCACGCCGCCUCCAUCUGGCAGUUCUCGCAGAUGCUUCCCGCCGUCUUCGACGCUGACUGCUGGGCGGUGCACCACGACGCAGCCUUCCUCUUGUCCGCGGCAGCCGUGGCGGUCGGCAGCCCGAGGCUCCUGCUGCAGGCGUGGACAGGAGAGGAGCGCGCGGCGGUGUUUGCGGGCCUGUCCCAGUGCCUGCGCGUCCAGGCGGCGCUGUGGUACGGAGGUGCCUUCUUCUGGAAGCUCAACCGCGCCUUCUUUGAGCCGUCCAACUGCCCGGCCCUCUUCUUCCUGCAGCUCGUCGACUACUGGCUGCCCGUGCCGCUGCCCGAUUCCGCGCUUAGCUUCAUUGCGAGGUCGGCCCCGCACGUCACCGAGGCGGUCGAGGGCGGGCUCGCCGCAAUGAUCUGGCUCCCCGGCUUCGAGCGCGCGGCCGUCGGCUUUCUCUUCGUGUUUGGGCUCCCCCUCCUCGGGCUCGCCGACGACUUCCCGCCCAAGCCCUUCUCCAACCUGCGCGUGCACGGGGGCAGCAACCACCUCGUGGUGCCGACCGACCUGCUAGGCCGCCUACUGCCGACCGUCCCGUCGGACGUCGUCCUCGUCGAGCGGUGCAGCUCGGCGUGGAUCAACGCCCUCCUACCUUGCGAGCUCACCCACCACCUUACGCCCAGCGCGCGCGAGCUCCUCCGGCGCGUGGGCCAUUCGGGGCGUGUGAUUGGGCCUGCCUUCGGACGAAACGUCAGCCCGCUGUUGACCAUGCGCAACGGCGAGGGAGGCCCUUUUCUGAGGUACACGCUGCCAACCUUCGAGCUGCGCCGCGUGCUCGCCGAGGCGCGCGCGCGCGGAGAGGCGUUCCGCAUCGACUACCGCCGCCUGCCCCGGGGCUACAGCGCGGACGCGGCGGGGCGGCAGGCCCUCGUCGCCACGCUGCCGCUCACGACGCUCGUCGAGCGAGGCGGAACCUCCCCUCCCAGCUGCACCGUGCGGCGCGGCAACUGGUUCUCGGCCCGGUGCACGCCCGACGAGCCGGCGCUGCAGCCGCCACCACAGGCGUGGGCGCAGAGGCUGCUCAUGUUUUGGCCGAAUGUGUGGCUGGACGAGCAGACGGACGCGCACAGCGGCUACUGCUUUUACGAGUAG